AUGAUUGAUGAAUUCUUUAUAUUUAAUAAAGGUGGCUUAAUAUUAUGGUCUUAUAAAGGAAAUAAUGAAAAUAAAUUCACUUUAUAUUUGGAAAUUCUCAAUAAAUUAAUACAAGAAGUAUUCCUAGAGGAUAGACUCUCUUUAAAAUAUUAUGAAUAUGAUAUUUAUAGAGUUAAUUGGACAAUCUUAAAUGAUAGGGAUUUGAUUCUAGUUGUAAUAUAUCAGGGUAUAUAUUGUUAUAUAUCAUCCUCAUAUAUUGAUAAAAUAUUAACUAUGUCAAAAAAACAGAUCUUGAAAAUUUUAAAUACAAAUUAUAAUAAUCAUGAUAAUCAUGAGUAUUUUGAAUUAUUUAGAUCUAAAUUUGAUGAAAUAAUUUAUUUUUGUGAUCUACAAUAUAUGACUAAAUCUAAAAGUUUAGAUGAAAGUAAUAAUUAUGAAUUAAACAAAAAUAUUUCAAAUAAAGGAAAAAAAGAACGUCAAUGGAAUCAUCAAAAAAUAACAAAAAAAGCUAUGGAACAAUUAGAUUAUUCACUCAAAAAUAAUGGAAAUGAAAUUAAAACAAAAAAAUUAGAAUUUUAUCAAGGUGAAUCAGAAUCUGAUGAAUUUGAAGAAAAUAUAAAUACAAAAAAGUCAUUUUGGAAUAAUUGGAUAACAAAUAAUUUUGGUAUAUUACAAAAUAAUACUAUUAUUACUAAAGAUAUUAUUUAUAACCCUUUGCAAGAUUUAAAAUCACGUCUAAUUGGAAAAAAUGUAGCUCCAGAAAUAGCUGAAGAUAUAAUCCAAUCUAUAAAUAAAACAUUAAUCGGUGUUAAAGUUCAAGGGGGAUUUACAAAACUUAAUACAAUAUUAGAUAAUUGUUUAAGAGAUACAAUUACUCGUAUUUUAUCACCAAAAAGAAUUAUUGAUGUUUUAAAUGAAGCAAUAGAUGCAAAGCGUCAUGGACAAAUAUAUUCAAUUGUUUUUUUAGGAGUUAAUGGUGUUGGAAAAUCUACUAAUUUAGCUAAAGUAUGUUAUUAUCUUAAAAAUAAAGGAAAUUUAAAAGUUAUGAUUGUUGCAUGUGAUACAUUUAGAGCUGGAGCUAUUGAACAAUUAAAAACACAUGCUAAUUGUUUAGAUGUAUAUUUAUAUGAAAGAGGAUAUGGAAAAGAUGCUGCAUUUAUAGCAAAAGAUGCAAUAUUAUAUGCUAAAGAAAAUAAAUAUGAUAUUGUUUUAAUUGAUACAGCAGGCAGAAUGCAAGAUAAUGUUCCAUUAAUGAAAUCCUUAGCUAAAUUAGUUAUGAUUAACAAUCCUAAUCUUGUUAUAUUUGUAGGUGAAGCAUUAGUUGGUAAUGAUGCUGUAAAUCAACUUCAAACAUUUAAUAAAUUUCUUAUAGAUCAUGCAAAUAGGCCUAUUGAUGGAAUAUUACUUACAAAAUUUGAUACAGUAGAUGAUAAAAUUGGUGCAGCUUUAUCAAUGGUAUAUUCUACUGGUCAACCUAUAAUUUUUAUUGGUACAGGUCAGAAAUAUUUUAAUCUGAGAACUUUACCUGUAUCUACUGUUGUAAAUAGUAUAUUUAAGUAA